AUGCAAUUCCAUGAUGUCACAUACCUGUCACCACACAGGUCAUCCUACCUGUUUAGCAGCCAUUGUGGUGAUGAUUUUUAUUGUUUUCCAAUCCAAAUUGUUUACCUCAUUCCUGCAACACUUCCUGUUAAUACAGCUCUUCCCUCGAGCAAAAACAAAAGCACACUCAUUGAAGUGGUUGUCAAGUUGGUCUACACCAUUACAAAUAAGGCUAGUGUCAAGCCAGGAGUUAUGUCCCUUCCAUAUAUAGCACAAAGGGGGGGGGCUUGUGGUAGAUUCAGUCCCUACUCCUACAACCAGUCAUGCUUCCUGCUCGAGAAGAAAGGCACUUUCUUCAUGGCAUUUUGUGCCCUGCUCUUCUUUGCCUACCUGGUAGACUUGGCUUCCUUCAUUCCAUCUCCAAUGCUAGUACUUGUGUGGGGUGCAGCCCUUGGCAUUGAACUCCCAAUAGGGGAAGUAGCAAAGUUUGACUUGAUUAUCUUGGUCAAGCCAAUUUUCACCACACAGAUGGCAGAACCUACUCAUCAUGCAAAGCAUUCCCACAACUGUCUCCAUCCCUACAUGUGUUCUGGUUCAUCAUUAACAUCCUUUACCCUAUCUGCAUCUUUGUGCUCCUCCUGGCUGGUCCAAUGUGACACAAUGAUCUGGGGUGCUUCUGGUAACUCUGUUAGUGGGAGCGAUGGUACUUCUACACAAGCAACACAGUAUUUCAGUGCUAGCUCUGGCAGUGCACUCUUUCCCUCCCUUGACACUGGUACAUCAUUCCAAGAUACUGAUAUCCAGUCUUCUAGCUCCAGCAAUACCCAGUCAUCUUUGGUUAAUCUCGAAGCCUGCAUCAUCAGUAUAGUGCAGUGCCACUUAGCAGACUUCCAGGGACCAAUGGAUGAGAAAUUCUGCAACAAUAUUGACUUUUGGAAUCAUGCAGAGGUGCAUGAGAAGGGUAGGCUUUCCCAAGUUGCUUCCCCACAUAAUGACGACUCCUGUGAUUCAACCCAGAUAAUGUACCAGCAGCAGGGGCAAACAGAAUCAGUAGGAUCAAAGAAAUUGUUCAUUCCUGGUGCAUGGUCCCAAUUGGAUGGACAAACCAAUAAGAAAAACACAGAGAAGCAUGGUGUUUGCAACCAGGCAACUAACUCCAAACAAUGA